AUGAGCUUGCCUGAUGAUCUGGACUCUUUGACUGAACCUGGCUACUGUCUCUGGGUCUGCCCUGCUCGCCUCACUCAAGCACGGUGGGAUGGGGCCCAGGCUGGGAUCUGUAGCAGGAAAACACCUCCGGUGAACAGGAUAGAGCCCACGGGAAAAGCCCUCGCCCGGGUUGGUGAAAUCCUGCCACGGGGAAGGCACCGGCUCCGGUAUCUCUUUGCUGAGAAACGCAGGGAAAAGGGAAGCGGCCGUUCUGGUGCGUUUCCAGCCAACGGCGGGCCCGGUCCGUUACCGCACGCCGCCCAUCUCCCCUCUGUGGCGACCGCCAGGCAAAGAGGCUUCGCCCACCCCCUGCCCCUCGCCCCGCCCCCUGCGCCGGCGCUGCUCGUCCGAUUGGUGGAGUUGGAGAGCGCCGCUCUCUUACUUCCAAUCAGCGCUUUGCGUCCGUUGCUAAGGUUUCGUUUCCCAAGCCGAGCCGGCCGCCAGGGCGAGCGAGCCGGGCCGGACCGGGCCGCUAUGGCGGGGGGGUGGCGGGACGUGGCAGGGGUGCGCGUUGCUCCAGCCGAGCUGCGCUUCACAGACGCGGUGCCGGGACGCCGCUACCGCGCCACGCUCCAUGUCCAAAACCGGCGCGGGGAGAGCUGUAGGCUCCAGCUGCUGCCGCCGCGCCGGCCCCAGUUUAAACUGAUUGUGGAAAAUCCAGAAAAACCUGUUGCUUCUGGACUUAAAGUUACAGCUGUUGUGGAAUAUUAUCCUGACAGUGAGGAGGCUCUUCAGGAUAGACUGCUGCUUUUGAUAGAAGAAGACAUAGUUGAUAUCCCCCUACUUGGAUUAAUUCCAUGCUGUUAUCUGGAAAUUGAGCCCGAGGUUAAUUUUGGUACAGUGAUUGCAAACGGUAAAAUAAUUAGUAAAGAGAUUAGCAUUGCUAACCAUGGAUCAUCUCCAGGUACAUUUAAAUUAUCAUAUGAUGGGGUUGUCUUGGUUAACAUAGAACCUACCAGUGGAGUGGUAGAGCCGAAAACUGUAGAGAUGAUUAAAGUGGGUAUCUGUACGGAUGUACCGAGAAUCAUUAAAGAAGUGAUAAAGGUGGAGCUAGAAGGACAUGACUGCGCUGAGUUAUGGAUCAAAGCUGUUGUGGUCGAACAAGUUCUUAAAGUUCUAGGGGUGCCUUGUGGAGAUGAACUGAAAUGCAUUCAUUUUGGAUCUGUUUACUUUGGAUCUUCAAAGACUGAACAAGUAUCUCUGUACAAUAAAAGUCCAGAGUGUAUGGACUGGGUAGCAGUACUGGAGGACAAUGCCAUUGGAGGAGAGAUGGGGACAGAUCUUCAGAAGAGUGCAGAUGCUGUUUUACAAGACUUAAGCUUCAUAAAUAGAACAAGAGAUCUAGAUGUUUCCACCUUGAUCUUGUGCAUUCCCAGUCAAGGAACCUUGCUACCUUAUCAGAAAUCUGUGAUUACAUUAUGCUUUAGUCCAACGAAAUUUAAAAGGGGCACUGGACUGAGUGAUUCAUCAGCAAAACAAGAUUAUGUACUGUUUCUGAGAUUUGAGGCUGUUGGGAGUAAAGAUGGCAUUCUGCAGACCUGCAGUGAUGAAAAUACACCAGUCAGAAUGAAUCAUCCUCAUCACAUGGAGUUAGCUCUGACUGGUUCUGGGCUUCCUGUCAUGUUAACUUUCAAUCCAGGACCAAUUAUUAAUUUUAUGGACUGUUUCUUGGGUGAACAAGCAGACGUUCUGUGCACACUCAGGAAUGAAUCUGAGUCACUUCCAAUAACAUUCAGCUUCCGCAAGACUGCCCACUUUAAUAUUUCUCCUGAAAAUGGAAAAAUUAAAAAACACUCCACAAAGGAUGUGAUGUUUUCAUUUUCUCCACGUCAAAUAGGAGUAUUUAAAAUGAAACAAGUUGUUGAUAUCAUUGGUACAGGACUAGAGGAAAAUAAUUUACAGGUCUUGAAGACAAAAUCCUUUCACCAAAUACAUUUGAGAUUAAUUGGUGUGUGCAAAUCUAAAACAAAAAACAUUCUAUUCAAAAUUAAUCCAGGCAUAACACCAAUGAUUUCCAAUCCAACUGGACAAUUUAUACCUGAUAACACAGGACAGUGCACUGAUAUUGCACCUGUGGCAGUACUUAAAUCAACCCAAACAGAAAUUCAUACUCACCAGAUAAACAGGAAUUAUAAGAGUGAUGCGCUUAUAGCUUUUCCUAAUGACCGCUCAGCCAGCAUUAGACCUUUUGAACGGCAUAAAAAGUACAGGACUAUUUUCACAAAGACUGAGAGAUAUAAUUACGUAGAUCCACAGUUUUCUUAUACUGACUGUGAACGACUGGAAAAAGAAGCACAUAAGGAAUAUUAUGCAGAUUACAUUUAUAGUUUGAGACAGCGUCGCUUACAGAAAGAAGACACUAGGCAGUUUAAUGCUUAUAAUAAUUCCAUGAACAUAGGCCUUAAACCAGCAGAAGGGCUUAUUUCGCCAAAGAUCUCAAUCACAGAUUUUCAUAAGGAGGAGCUACAGCUCAGAAUGCCUCCUCCUUUAGAUGAGAAUUGCCUAUUAACUAGUCGAAAGUUGGAAGCAAUUGGUUCUAAAUCAUCAGCCAGAGAAAUUUGGAAUGGGCUUAAUGCUGUGCCAACUUCUGCCCAAGAGAAGGAAGAUUGUAGCUUGACUUUGACACCAAAACAGCUUCGUCAGAUACUCAUUGGUCCUUCUACUAUGAACUUUGGUGAUGUCUGUGUGUACUCGACAUCUGUCAGAAGACUGCAUAUCAUCAAUAACUUGUUGGUUCAUAUAUGGGUACAAAUUGAGAUUGAAACUGAUGAGUUACAGCAGACGAGUCCAUUGUCUCAGGUGGUGCCUCCUUUCUCAAAGACUUAUAUUCCAGUAGUAUUUGAAACAGACACACUUGGGAUUUUUCAAAAGUCUUUCACUUACACAAUAAACAACAAACACACUGGGCACAUGCUGGUAAUUGCAAAAGCAGUGUCUGUUGAACUUGAGCUGUCUGCAAAGGAGCUGAUUCUAAAUCCUAUUCCUGGCUAUCUAGCAGAGACAGAGUUUCGAACAACUGUCAGAGUAUGCAAUCGCAGAAACCAUUCUGCUGAGUUUUCUUGGAAACCUGUAGUUACAGAUGAAAAAACGUCAUUUUCGAUACAGCCAGCCAGAGGCUUUGUGGAAGCAUAUAGAGAUCUGGAGUGUGAAGUUGUUUGGCAUCCAGCGUUCCACUCUGCAGAAGCAGGAGAAUUCAACUUGUGUGUGCAUCAGGGAAACACGAUCAAGUUGAAAUGUUUUGCAAAGCUUGGUCCUACUAAUGUUCAGUUUAUGCAACAAAGGAUACACUUGAAUCAUGCUCCUAUGGGUUUAUGUACUUGUAAGACGGCCAUUCUUCAAAAUAUAGGAUACAAUCAUGCCUACUUCCAGGUUCUUGAUUCAAACCCACUGCCUGGAAUGAUAAUCACACCUCCUGAAGGGGUAGUACCUGUGGGAGGCCAUGCUGAACUCAAAAUCUAUUUCACUCCAAAUGCAAAAAUGAAUUUUGAUACAAGAGUGGAGGUGGCAGUGCGAAACUCAAGAGUACUUGUGCUUAGGAUUACUGGAUGUGUAGAAACCCCUGAAAUAAACAUCAGUGUGGAACUAUUUGACUUUGAUGGUGUUUAUGUUGGUUCUACCAAAUCGAUUCCCUUUUUGCUGCAGAACAAAAAACAGUCACGUACCAGUGUGGAGUUCAAUUUAUCCAAGUACAAGGAUUUUAAACUCAACAUUAAUGACCAUUCAGCGGUUGACUGCUGUCCUUCGAAACCUUAUUUGUAUUUGGUGAACUUAGAGGGAAAGUCAGCUUUGUGGUGUUCGUUGUCCUUCAUGCCAAAAGAGGUGGCAGCAUAUGACUUCACUCUUCCAGUUAAUAUUCUUCACGGUGACUUUUCAUUGUCACAGCAAAGCUCUAUACCAGCAACUCCUAUUGGAUCUGUAAAGCACAUCAUUGCUCCUCGGCCACAAGCAGUGACUGUGGCAGUUCCGGUUUGUAGAGUUAAAGCAGUUGUACUUAGAUCACCACUGGAGUUCUCCUCAAUGGAACUUACAUUUUCACUACAUUCAGGGGAUAUAUGUUUCAAUAUAGCUGAUGAAAGUCUGAAUUCUCAGAAACUUGACCUGAGGAAUAUCUCAAGGCAGCAGUUGACAUGGAAAUUGGGUUGUGAUGGUCCAAAAAAUAAAAUAGAAGAUGGUAUUUUUAAAUUUAGUCUACAGGCUGGAUUUCUUGGUCCGGGACAAAAAAUCAGUAUCACUGUAUAUUUCUGCCCUCCUUGUCCUGGAGCAUAUGCAUCUGAAAUGUCAGUGUAUGUAAAUGAUAAUCCAUCUCACUACAGAAUAACUUUGUCUGGCACUGUGAAGUCACCAAAAAUAAAUUUUGAUCCCAUCUUUCUAAUGCUGACGCCAGUUCCUCUGGGUAUGAAAACGGAAACAGCCAUCAAUAUUAUCCCACAAGAUUAUUUAAGGCAAUCACGAAUUCAAGUUGAACUUCCAAAGCUUGAACUUGAGGAUGGUGACAGGAUUUACCCUUUUUCUGUACAGUUCCCAGAAGGACAAGAUAUUGUUGUUUCAUCAGAUGGCACAAAUAUAGAACUAAUUUGUCAUAUUGGCUUCAGCUCGUCUAGACCAGUGUCAUUUUUUGAGAAUAUAUUCUUCAUUGAUGAAGAAGCAAACAGGUUCUCACUUCAGGUUGCUGCAGUGGCAGAGAACUGCCUUCUUACUUUAUACCCGUAUUUGGCAUUUCACUGCUCUGAUCAACAAAUUAUCUUCAGAAGCAACAGUAAUGAGAGAGACUGCAGUAGUGGGGAAGUUAUUUUGCAUCCAUGUUGUACUCCACAGUCAGUUUCCUAUACUACUUCCUCAGGUUCCUUUGGUGUAAUCACUACCUCAGCCUCUGAAGAUUCCAAAUCAGAAUUGGAUACUGUUCUUGAAAAUGAAAAUGUAAAGAUGAAUGAAGCUGACAGCCAAAGCGAUGGGAGAAAAAAAAAAAUUGAAUUAUCACUUUUUCCUGAUGAGAACAAAGAGGAGUACAUCUUCUUUCAGAAAGUCCUAACUGCUAUUCAGAAUUGGUUCAGUCUCUUUGGUUGGUCUAAGGGACCUAAUCCUGUUUCAAUACCAUAUUCACUAAGACGUGAUGCAUGUAAAGUCCAGAUGACUUCUUCUCCAGAGAGGGUUUUUAAACAAAACCUUGGCAAAGAUGCUAAGACUGUUUAUGACAUGUUACUCCAUCUGAGUGGACAGUUGUUACCAAGCAUUAUGUCCAGCCAGUCAUUGUCCUGUGAUCCAACUGAACGAAUAUUGCAGCUCUACUGGCAGCAUUCUGCAUUUCUUACUUUCCUUAAAAGCCAAGGAGCAUGUCUGCCUUAUGUUAUGCCAGAAUUUCUGCUUGAACCUGAUGAUUAUAAGAAAUGGAUUACAGGGCAAACUUUCCUGAAGGCCCGCAUGGCUGAGUUGAAAAAAGGUGUUGUGAAGAACUCAGAUGUCUUUAGUGACAUGCAUUGUUUUAUGCUGGAAGAAAGUGUGUUUGAGACAAUGAGCAAACGGGCUUGGACAGAUGUGCUACUGCAGGUAUACAAGGUAUUAGUUCUUCCACGUGUUUCUUCACGUAAUAUCAGUGAUCUGUUUGACUCGGAAGGCACGCAGAGCAUGCCAAGAAUAAAAUCAGAACCUUUAUCCAGUAAUAUUUAUUCUCCACAUGAACGAAUCAUCCUCACCUGGCUGAAUAAACAUUAUGAGAAGAAUCGAAAAAUUGUGUGGAAAGAUUGUCAGAAAGGUGAAAUACCACCAAUGAGAUGGAUAAUAAAUUUUGACCGAGAUCUUCUAGAUGGUCUAGUAUUGGCAGCACAGCUGGCAGCUUAUUGUCCAUAUUUGAUUGCUACUCACUUUGUAAGAAUGUAUACUGCUCCAACAACUGCUGAACAGUGUCUGCACAAUUGUUUGAUACUUGUGGAUGCUAUGCAUGCUGUCAGUCUGGCUAUAGACGUAAAGGCCACUGACAUCUGUGAUCCAAACCCAGUCACAAUGCUUAUUCUGUGUGUUUACUUGUAUGAAAGGCUUCCUAACUACUUGCCCAAGAAGACUAUUGAAUUUACAGGUGCUCUCCAUGCAACUGUUGUUAAAAAGGUGCAUCUGAAAAACCCAAGCAUUAAAACUUUGGUGUACAAUGCUACUCUAAUAGGAAGAGAGGCUGAUGAUUUCUCAUUACCUGAAGGAAAUGCUGUCAUCAUUGCCCCUAAGAGACAAACAAGUAUAACUGUGGAAUUCACUAGUCGUUUUCUGCACCCUGCUGAAGCGAUGUUGCUACUGAUUUCAAAGACUGUGGGUGGAAUAGGUGGUGCCACACUGACAUUCUCUCUGAAAUCUAAAGUCAAGCGUAUUGAGCCUGCUGAUAUAUUAAAAUGCAAAUCCCCAUGUUAUGAGCUGAAGAAAGUUAUUCUAAAUGUUACUAAUCCCUUCAGAACUGAUGGCCUAUUCAGGGUCAUUCUGCUGGAAUCCACAAGUUACUUAAGUCGGCCAGAGCAAGUGUGUCAAGCCAGGGAAGUAAAGCAAGAGAAAACAUUUAGUUCCGAAAAUAACAUAUUAAACUAUAAAGGUAGUGCAGUACCUGAAGAUCUAAAUGAAGAGAACUACAUUAAUGGCUCUGGCCAAUCCAGUGUCCUGCAUGAAUUCUUCAGUCCAGUGGAAACACUGUUCUUGGAAGGCAGAAGUUCUGCAGGAUUAGAGAUUGACUUUCUUCCCUUUAACCUGGAAAAACGUUACUGCACUGUCAUUCUCGUUAAUGAACUGACUGGAGAAUUUGUAUACCUGGUAGAGGGACAGGGUGAUAUGCCUUUGCCUUCACGACUGCUUCCAAUGGAUAGUCCAAAUGUCCUGCGUGUUAGCAGUACAUUAGAAGGUCCGAGUGGGGUAGAGCCUGUUUUGUAUUUGAAAUGCGGUCUUGCUCAGAUUCUUGAAGAAAAUCUGAGGAUUCCAUUGAUCAAUGAAGCAAAGGAAAUGGCUCUGGUCAUUGCUGCACAACAGCAGAUGUCAACUAUUGAGUACGAAAGAAGGAAGAUCACAGGGACUCUGGAGAGCAGUAGUGUUCGAGCUGCAGUUGCAUUAUUAGGGCUAUCCAGAGUAGAGAGAGAUGCACUCUUACAACCUUAUAAAUUGCUGCCAAAGUUAAAGUACAUGGAUUACAGUGUAGAAGUGAGCAUGCAAGAAUUCUUUGAGGUUCCUGAAAAGGUCUCUAUUCCAGUGUUAGCAUCAAGCAGAAUUAACCUGAAAGUUCCUUCAGAAAAAGACCCCUCACUUCAGAAAACAGGUAAGAAAGAAAGUGCUGCAGUUGAGCUUCCUAUAAGAUUUAUUCCUCAAUAUGCUGGUCGCUAUUGCUGUCAGAUUCUUCUGAAGUCCUCCUGUGAUGUUCGUGUCUAUAUGAUUGAAUGUGUAGUGAAUACAGACCAUGCUGAAGCUGAGCUUGAAUUUCUAUCUCCAGCUUACCAGGCAGUGAUUCAGGACAUUCCAAUAAGAAAUAUGUCUGGUCAGGACUGGAAACUUGAAGCAGUUCUGGAAGGACAGAGUUUUUAUGGCCCUCCUCUACUACAUGUGGGUCCAGGUGAAACAGCUCAGUAUCCUCUCAUGUUCAAGCCUAUCGCUGAGUGCAUAACAAUGGGAAGGCUUAUUCUACGAAAUUAUACAGAUGGCACUGAAAAUAUCUUUAGCCUUAAGGGAAUAGGGAAGAAACCCCUGGCACUGGAUCAUAUUGCGAUAGAUUGCCAAGUGAGACAGGUCACUCAAAAAGUAUUAAGGGUGCCCAAUUAUACCAAGAAGAAGUUGACAUACAAGGUGUCUUCAGAUCUUUUGAUAGUGGGUGGUGCACCAGUUCUUACUGUAGAACCAGAUGAUGCAGUUGCUUACACUUUGACUGUUUAUCCAUGGAAACGAGGAAUUUUUCAAGGCAUAAUUUCAUUUGUUGCUGAAGAUGAAGACCAACAGCAGUCUCAACAUAACAGCUCACCAGAGAAGACAGAUGGUGAACAGGCCCUUCAGAAACUGUCGGCAGAGACACCACAAACUGUUGUUGUAGCAAGCACGGGGGGAAGUUCUUCAGGUUGCAAAGUGUGGUUUUCCUUAAAGAUUAACAGCAUACCUGCACCACCUGAAAGAAAGAUAAAUGUGAAAUGCAGAGCUCUGAAUACUAUUGGAAUUGAUAUUCCCAUCACUAAUCCUACAGAUGAAUUUCUCCAACUGAGUGUAGUGCUAGAGAAUCAUUCACUUUCUGGAAAAAAAGCUUUCGUUCUUAGGCCAAAACAAACAAUUCUGUAUCGAGUAAAGUUUUCCCCAGCUGUUGUUGGCACUUCAGACAGAAGUGUCAUAUUCCUGUCAGAGAUGGUUGGAGAGUUUUGGUACGCUCUGAAGUUGAUUGUAGAGAAACCUUUGCCAACUACUCUACCUGAAAUAGAAUGUGAACUUGGAAAAUGGGUUCGUCUAUACAUACCUCUGUUUAAUCCUACAUGUGAAACUCUGGAACUGGAAAUUACUAACAGCAAUCCUAGCAAUUUUUCAGCUGAGACUGAUCCAAUACAGCCUCUGAUUGUUGCUCCUCGUUCCACCACAGAAGUACCUGUGCAAUUCUGUCCGUCUGCCCUUGGAAGAGGCAAACACAAGGCAUCAAUAACCUUCAAAUGUUUGCAGCUGAAAGAGUGGAUAUUUUACCUUUCUGGAAUUGGUCUUCUUCCUCAGCUGAUGGAACCAACUAGCAUAAGUACAUGCAUUGAUCAGCAUUCUUCUGUGAUCAUAUCCUUCAGAAAUCCAGCUCCUGAAAAUGUAUUGAUAGAUGUAGAGCUAACAGAUCAGGAGCAGUCCAGUUGUCAGCUCAGUGAAUCUGUCCUACCCAAGUCCAUCCGUAAGGAAUCUGCUUUCCAUCUUCUGCUCAAACAGACACGAGGAAUCACAGUAGCUCCAAAAGGAAAACUGGAUGUUCCAGUGUUAUUUGUACCGGAUACAAUGAAGAUGUAUGAAGCUGUGGUGGUAAUUCAUGUAAUGAGGGAGAAUGGUGAAAACUGGCCUUAUGAUGAUUCUGCUGAAUUAAAUAAAGACUUGAAGAGUAUUACUGUGGCAGAGAAUGGGGGAAUUCGGGGAAUACGUUGGAUCUACCCAGUUCAUGGAAUACCUGAAGCACCACAACAGAAAUUAGAUUCAGCUGUUGUACGCUGUCAAGCCAGGCAUAGAGUAGAAAAAAGAGUGGAAGUGCUGCUGACUGGUGUAGCUCCUGGAGCAACUGCUAUGCCUGCUGCAAGAAAUUCUGCAGUGCUUGAUACAAAUAAGCCAGCCAACAUCCAAGAUGAAGUUCAAGUCACCGAUGGUUUUCCUACAACAGUGGAAUUUCUGUAUGAAUUACAAUAUCAAUCAGAUAAAAUUAAAUCUCAGCUUGAUUCUUUGGUGGGUAUACAUCUGAUGCAAAAAGAACGGGAUACAGAGUCUGGAAUUGUAACACUGAUCUUUAAUAUAGUGUUUGCACCUAACAAACCAAUGAGGAAUGCAGCAACUCUGGUAGUACAAUGUGCUACAGGAGGAAUCUGGAAGUUUCCAAUCCUAUUCAUUGCUAUGGAGCCAGAAGUGGAUGAUGUUAUCAACAUUGAAGCAGUUGGCCUGAACAAGGAAACUAUAGUUGGCUUUAAGCUUACAAGCCAGACAAGGCACCCAGAGCCAUUCACUGCAUAUUUUCUGGCAGGCAGCGAUCCAGAGUUUGUCGUACUGCCGCAAGCUGGAGAACUUCUCCCAGUAGGCACUGUUGGAACCCAUAUAACAGUGGGAUUCAAGCCAAGAAUGUACGGCAAGAAGCAUAGAGCAAUACUUGUAAUUCAGACAACAUCAAUGCAGUGGAUGUAUGAAAUCAAUGGACUGCCUCCACAGCCCACAUCACCUACAAAGCAAGCAAAAGUAGUUUCUACUAGCAGUUACAUCAGAUCAGCCACAGUUCGACAGCGCAAUUUUUUACGUGAAAAUCUGAUACUUACAACCACUGGAGUAUCCUCUCCAGUCAAAGGUGCACCUUUGGUCUUGAGGACAACGCAAAGAAAGCUGUGAUAAUCUACAUUUUGGUGAGGGAGGGAGGGUUAGCACUUUUGUGAAAUAAACUCUGCAGAUACAAAGAAGAUACAUUUCUUGAUUUUUUUUUAAAGCAGACGUGAUAUGCAUUGAUCGUAUACUUUAUCUGGAGGAGUCACAGUGCCUGAGCUCUAAUAACGCUCUUAUUUUUCUAUAAGAACAUAAAACUGACAGAGGAGUUCUGGUGAAAAGUAUUUCAACUGAUUGAGCUUUAGGAACUUAAUUGCUUGAGCUGAUGAAAGAGUUGCAUUUUUCCACUGGUGACAAUACCAGGGGUUUUAAAUGUGUUCCUAACAGUUUAUGUAUAUCACACAGCUGUCAGCAAGUCCUUUUAAUGAGAAAAGAUAGAUUUGAAAAAAUAUACUUGAAAAUUUGGGGAUUUGAGCUAAUGCUCUGCUUUCUAAGGCAUGUAAGUUUUUGUAAGGCUUUAAUAGGAGGCCUUAAUAAAUGUUCUGUGUAAUGCGUAAUGCAUUAAACCCAUGCAAACCAAGCAAGCAAAUCAAGCCCUGAUCUCUUUCAUGAUAAAAUGCUCACCGGAAGUUUCAAGUAUUUUGCUAAUGUUAAAGUGGUUCACAUGUCACAGGUUCAGAGACUGAACGCCUUUCAGAUUCUCUUGAUUUGGCAAAUGUCAUUAAUUCUGACAUCUCUGCAUUGUAUAAACUAACAAUCCUGACCUAUGCAUCCCAUAACACUUCAAAAUCCUGGAUUACUACACAUAACAUGGAAUGAAAAAAAAAUUCUUCCCUCAAUAUUGACAUGUUGAGUAAAUUUUACAGUGUGCUUUAGAAUACUGAAAUAUAAAAGGCUAGGAAAAGUCUGUGAAGAAUGCAGCUGGAUUUUACUUUUUUCUAAAAUAAACAGAUCAGAGGUGCAACUCUCAUUGUGCUUCCAUUACCAUUCUUCUCACCCACAGCUUUGGAUGAGUCUGUAUAUGGGUGUUCAGGCUCUCUUUGCUCGUGAUGUAAUAUGGGAAAUUAGAUCUGUGCAGUCUUGGUUUGAAAGAUCGCUGGGUGAAUCUGUUCUACCUUCUUUCUUCAUUGAGAUUGUUUUUGCUAUUUUUUCUUUUAAAAUGUAAAUUGUAUUUCUGCCUUUAUUGUAAUGGUGGAAGGUACUUUAACAACAACAACAAAAAAGUGGCUUGGCACAUAGUAAGUGCUUUCUUGGCACAAAUAUAGAAUGAGCAUCAUUGCUGAGGAAUGGGGAGCCUGAGAACUACCUAUGUAAGUCAGUGUAAAUGAGCACCAAUAAAACCAUUAUACCACGGUGUGCUCGAGGAUUUUGAUUAUCCCACACAUUUUAGAGAAGCUAUUACAGAAAAUGUUGGGAACAUAUAAAAUAGUGAUGACACUUUUUAAUGUGUCCCUUUCUGAUCAGAAACCAGCUAAUCUGAAAUGAGAAUAAAAUCUGCCCUAUGAAUUCAGUGCCCAACGCCGGAAAGGUAUUGUCAAUAGUGAUAUCCUAUAUCUAUCUAAAAGACACUAAGAAGUUAUUGUUGUAGUAUUUAUCUUAUAUGCUACUGGGACAGCAAAUACCACUAGAUUUCAUAGGAAAGUUCUAUCUCCAUAUCUGAAUGAAGCAAGUGUUCCUCUGACUGUAGGAAGUCAGAAUUUAAAUAUGCAAUGUUUUCACAACUGUUUAUUGGUCUUGGUAUUCAGGAAACACUUCAGUGCCAAUUUUCCUUUCUAUAAGGCUUGUUUUCCUUGUUCUGCUUUUUAAAAGUUUUGCUUUCCUUUUUUAAAAUGACACCUGGGUGCAGGGUGCUCAAAACCUGGUAAUUCUGUGAGAGAUUGAUUCAUAGGGGGAACAUAGGGGAAAUAAUCAAUAACUGAAUGCUGUUCACUCCAGGAAUUUUAUUUCACAAUUAGCUUGCUUUUAUCUGCUGUUACAGGUAGUAGAUUUUCAAGUUCUAUCAUAUAUUCAAACAUUUAAAAAAAUCAUAGACAAAUAUUUAUGCAAUACUUAUGAUAUCGGAUGGGUGGUUUCAAAGGUGUGGUUUAAUUAUAUUACAUAUCUCAGAUGGGAAGCAUAAUCUGUGAUUUUUGACCCAAGUUGCAGGUUAUUCCAAUGUGUGCAAGCUCACUCAUGAGCUACACAAGGCAUGCCAUCAUCAGUUGAAUAUGUACCCAUUCUUAAUAGAUGUAUUGCAUUUUCUUAUUUCUUCCACUGUUUAAACUGAGGUAAGAAUAUUUUUUCCUGAUAUCAAGGAGAUACUUGCAAAGGUGAUUUAGUUAAGGACCAUUGUAUCUGUGUGCUCAUAACAUCCACAAUGUUUUAUAUAUUAUCCACAUGCAUUUAUGCAUUCCACUGACUAUAUAUACUGUCUAUUAAAAAUAAAUUCCUUUUCACUUCCUGACUUCAUAUUUUCUACAUCCAUUGGUGAUGUGAUUGUGUUCUUUUUAAUACCUGGGCUAAUUCUAAGUCUGUAUAGCUUUUUAAAGAUGACUG